AAUACCGAAAUGGCGGAAGUGCUCGGCAGCCGUCUCUGUGGAAACGCCGCGCAAACCGUGGUAGCCUUGCAAAAAAGCGCGUGUACGUCGUGUCUGAUGCGCAGAGCGAGGAUGCCGAGGAAGGUGAAGAGAGGAGGCGGAGCCUCAGAGGAGGAGGAGGAGCUUCAGCAGCAACGUGGGCGAGUGAAGGACCCGCAGGAAACGGGCAGAAAGAGGGAGGAGCUUCUGACGCUCUUCCUGAAGGACAAAGUCGAGCGCGAGGAGAGGAACUCGACCGUCAACCUGGCGAAGCUGGAGCGCGGCUGGCGAGUGGUCCUGCGUCGGACAAAAUCAGCUGAGCUGCGGCGUGAUGUCAUCAUCCUGCGUCGCACGUUUGAGCGGCAGCUGGACGGCCUGGAUGAUGUCAUCAAGAGCUUGACAUGUGACCUGCAGCAGGCGGAGCAGCAGUCGGCUCAGUUGCGCCGCCGCCACCUGCAGCACGGGGAGCGCAUGCGAACCCUGCAGGACGAGCGGUUAGCGUUCGUGCGGCGUCGCUGGGAGGGGAGUCUGCGGCGCAUUAGUGCCAGAUUCAUGGUGGAAAGGAGCGACGCGGCGGAAGAGGCGCAGUGGCGGCAGGUGCAUCUGGAGGACACAGCGUUCUCGUUGGACUCGCAGCACCAGGACGUGAUGCGCGCCGUGCGUCAGGUGUACGGCGAGAGCAUGGCGGCUUGGCGGAGCGCCCAGCAGGACCGGGUGGCGGAGCUGCGUGGCGCAGACGCUGAGAAGCUGGCAGAGAAGCGUCGUCAAAUGCAGGAAGAGGCGGAAGCGUGUGGCUCCGCCCUCGGCCUGAUGUCCAGGAACCAGCGUCUGGUCCACAUGACCGACGUGGACGUGAAGCGAGUGCGGCGGCUGCAGAGCGCUGUCAUCAGCCUGCGGACCAAGCUCGGCUCCUUCGAGACAUCGACGGCGUGCGAGGCAGGCGGCAUGGCGGAAGCGAAGGCGGAAUUGAAUGAAAAAACCGGCAAGCUUCGGGAUCACCUGGCCGGAGCACGCCAGGCUGCAAGGAAGCAGCUUGCAGACCUCGCGCUCCAAAGCGACACCGCCGCCAAUAAACUGCUGAUGGUGAUCGGCAAGGGCGAGAAGGUUCUACACGCCGCCAUGGUGUGUCACAAGCUGGAAGACACUUUAUCGACAUCACCAGGGGGCAGUGACAGCCAGUGGCCAGCGCAGCCAACAGCAACAGUUACGUCUCACAUCCUGUCGCAACAUGGCGAGGGCGUCAUUAACCCGUCUACGUCCCCGCAGACGUUCCCUGAGGUGCGUCAACUGACUCGCCGCCUUAACAGUGCUCUGCUUCUGCGAGACGCUCUGGCCAAUCACCAAGAGGCACUGCGGCGAGACAACCAACAGCUAAGGCUCCUCCUGCGCCGCCGCCUCGACAACAUGAGGGUCGGCGACAACGGCGGCGGCGCCCUUCACGGAAGCCACGCCCCGCUGUUCGUCAAAUCCGCACUGACAACGCAGAGCCCCCUCUUUGGCGCUGGACGUCCCACGGUCGUCGAGGCGGCCCUCGCCGCCAAACACCUGCUGUGACAGGAAGAGACGCUGCAGAUGCGCCGCUUCCUGCCAAUCCAAAGUAGAAACUUGAGUUGGAAGACUAGAAAAAAUACUUUUAUUGUUGUAAUCAUGCAGGACACCGACAGGAAGUAGUAGUAACACGUUACGUCGUAAACGUCAGCUGCUUCAGUUAAAAACUCAAGGUGAAAGGAAACUUCCUUAUAAGGACAUUAAAAAAGCAGCGUGGCUCCUCCCCCAGGGGGCGGAGCUUGUCAGGCCACAGCCUUCGUUGUAAAAACAAUAAAUAAAAAGAUUCACUGGCAAGUGA